UGGCCAUUGUCUAUAAAAUCCACUCAACUUCACUUCACUGCCCAUGCUCCGCAUCUUGUUCACAUGAAGCUCUGUCUAUAGAGACAACAACAUAGAUCUGUUCACUUCUUGAUUUUCCCUCCAUAGGAAAAUGAAGAAAGUCUUUUCAGCACUGCCCGGUUGCUUUUCUCUGCUUAUAAUAGUAUUGGUAUUCUUCUUCUUGUCCUUCACAUUGUGUUUUGGAGGAAAUGUGACUUACGAUUCUCGCUCUCUAAUCAUCGAUGGCCAGCGAAAGCUUCUCAUCUCUGCUGCCAUUCAUUAUCCCCGUAGCGUCCCUGGGAUGUGGCCGGAGCUGGUGCAAACAGCAAAGGAAGGAGGGGUGGAUGUGAUCGAAACAUAUGUGUUUUGGAACGGUCAUGAGCCUUCUGUCUCUAAUUAUUAUUUCGAGCAAAGGUUCGAUCUGGUCAAGUUCGUGAAGAUUGUUCAGCAGGCCGGGAUGUAUUUAAUUCUUCGUAUUGGCCCAUUUGUUGCAGCUGAAUGGAAUUUUGGGGGAGUACCUGUUUGGUUGCAUUACAUACCUGACACCGUUUUUCGAACUGAUAAUUAUAACUUCAAGUAUCACAUGCAGAAAUUCAUGAGUUACAUAGUGAACCUAAUGAAGCAAGAGAAGCUUUUUGCAUGGCAGGGAGGUCCCAUCAUCUUGGCUCAGGUUGAAAAUGAAUAUGGAUUCUAUGAAAGCUUUUAUGGAGAAGGGGGAAAGCAGUAUGCCAUGUGGGCUGCUCAAAUGGCUGUUUCUCAAAAUGCUGGCGUACCUUGGAUAAUGUGCCAGCAGUUUGAUGCUCCAGAGAUUGUGAUAAAUACUUGUAAUUCCUUCUACUGCGAUCAAUUUAAACCCAUUUUUCCAGACAAGCCUAAAAUUUGGACUGAGAAUUGGCCUGGAUGGUUUCAGACAUUUGGGGCCCCUAAUCCUCAUAGGCCACCUGAAGAUAUUGCUUAUUCUGUUGCUCGUUUCUUCCAGAAAGGUGGCAGUGUACAAAACUAUUACAUGUAUCAUGGUGGAACAAAUUUCGGUCGCACUUCAGGUGGACCAUUCAUUACAACAAGUUAUGACUAUGAGGCACCAAUUGAUGAAUAUGGUUUACCUAGGCUUCCAAAAUGGGCACACCUUAGGGAACUUCAUAGGGCUAUAAAGUUAUGUGAACAUACAAUGCUGAACAGUGACCCAAUUAAUUUGUCACUUGGUCCUUCCCAAGAGGCUGAUGUCUAUGCUGAUGCAUCAGGAGCAUGUGUUGCCCUUCUUGCUAACACAGAUGAAAAGAAUGAGAAGACUGUUGAAUUUCGGAAUAUGUCAUAUCACCUGCCUGCUUGGUCAGUUAGCAUUCUGCCUGAUUGCAAGAAUGUAGUAUUCAACACUGCAAAGGUGAGUUCCCAGACAUCUGUAGUUGAAAUGGUACCUGAGGACUUGCAGCCAUCAGAUAAAGGCUUGAAAGCUAUUAAAUGGGAAUCAUUUGUAGAAAAUGCUGGGAUUUGGGGAAAUCCAGACUUUGUUAAAAAGGGUUUUGUGGAUCACAUCAAUACCACCCAAGAUACCACUGACUACCUCUGGUAUACAACAAGUAUUAUUGUCAGCGAAAGUGAAGAGUUCUUGAAAAAGGGAAGCCAACCAUUUCUUCUGAUUGAGUCAAAGGGUCAUGCUCUCCAUGCUUUUGUGAAUCAGGAACUUCAAGGUAGUGCAUCUGGAAAUGGAACUCAUUCACCCUUUAAAUUUAAGAAGCCUGUAUCUCUCAGGGCAGGGAAGAAUGACAUUGCUCUCCUUAGCAUGACUGUUGGAUUACAAAAUGCUGGCCCAUUUUAUGAAUGGGUAGGAGCUGGAUUAACAAGUGUCAAGAUUGAUGGGUUCAACAAUGGGACAAUAGACUUGUCUACAUGUAAUUGGACUUAUAAGAUUGGAUUGCAGGGAGAAAAGCUUGGUAUAUACAAGGCUGAUGCUGUGGAUAAUGUAAAUUGGGUUGCAACCUCAAAACCACCAAAGAAUCAGCCAUUAACAUGGUAUAAGGUUGCUUUAGACCCACCAGCAGGAGAUGAACCUAUUGGGCUGGACAUGCUUCAUAUGGGGAAAGGUCUAGCUUGGUUGAAUGGAGAAGAAAUUGGAAGAUACUGGCCCAGGAAAAGUUCUAUACAUGAAAAGUGUGUUCAAGAAUGUGACUACAGAGGCAAAUUUAUGCCAGACAAAUGCAGGACUGGAUGUGGAGAACCGACACAAAGAUGGUACCAUGUUCCACGGUCUUGGUUCAAGCCAUCUGGAAACAUUCUGGUGAUCUUUGAGGAGAAAGGUGGAGAUCCGACAAAAAUUACAUUCUCAAGACGGAAAAUCUCUGGUGUUUGUGCUCUUGUUUCUGAGGAUUAUCCGAUGGCCAAUCUUGAAUCGUUUCAGAAAGAUGGAAAUGGAAAUUUCAGUUCUAAGGCCUCUGUCAAUCUCAAGUGCCCCAAAAAUAGUCAUAUAUCUAUUGUAAAAUUUGCUAGUUUUGGAUCCCCUACUGGAACAUGUGGAUCCUACAGUGAGGGAGAAUGCCAUGAUCCUAAAUCCAUUUCUGUGGUUGAAAAGGUCUGCCUAAACAAAAAUGAGUGUGCGGUAGAAGUAACAGAAGAGAACUUCAGCAAGGGAUUGUGCCCUGGCACAACCAAAAAACUUGCAGUGGAAGCAGUUUGCAGCUGAAAAAUUUUCAAUUCCAGCAUCAAGAAAGUUUCAACUGUGCAGCUUUUCAUAUCUUCUCGAGUAAAAUGCAAGGGGAAACGACAGAAAGCGAGAGAGAGAGAGAAUCAUUUGUCCCGGAAUAUAUAUAUAUAUAUCUUUCUUUUUUUUUUCCCUUGAAAGUUUAUUUGUUUAUGUAGCAGAAAACACUGCUGUUAUGCCUUCUUGAUUUAGGUACUCCAAAUGGAAAGAGCCAUCAAGGCAACCAUGCGAAUUUAAGGGUUUUUUUUUUUUUU